GGGGUAGGGUCCCCCUUCUGCCAGACAGGGCCGUCUAUCUAAUCAACUUAGUGAUCAGGGUAGACACACAGGAGAGCUUGGGGCCUGAGUCAUCGGCUGCUCUGGGCCCCGUUCUCCAGGGCUUGAAGGUGGAUGGUGGCCCCUCCCUUCUUGCUCCUUGUCCUCUCCCUGGAGUUGGCUGUGGGUGCCCCAGGGUCAGGGAGCCACAAUGAAGUAGCAUAAGCUGGUGAUGAGAGAGACCCUGUUCACAUCCCAGUGCUGGCUGUUUCUGCCCAGCCUGGCACUCCUGGCCUCCCUGUAAAAUGCAGGUGGCAAAAGUCUGUGGUGUGUGCAGAGAAAGAAGUGUAAUGAAGUGUAAAAGCACUGAGUCAGGAAACAAGGUCAGGGCCAUCUCAACUAGGCCCCUGUGGGGCUAGCCUGGGGGCCCCGCUGGAUGGCUGUCCAGGGGUGGGACACAGAGCAGAGAGGCUGGACUCCCAAGUUAAUCGUUACAACCAGGUCCAGAGUCUGCCCUCCUGGAAGGUGGGGGAGAGGGUGUGGGAUGCCAACCAGGUGGGGCAAAGGGAGGGGCCCUCACUCGGGGCCUGCCCCGCCCCCAGACCCGCCUGCCCCCUUAUCAGGAGCUGGGCAGGGCCUCCUCUGACCCUGACAAGGGGACGGCACACUCCAGCUCCCCAGCUGCUGGCUCCUCUGCACGAUGGGGACCUUAGGGAUCCUGCUUCUGCUCAUGGGUCUGCUCCUGUCGCCAGUUGAGGCCCAGAAGCAGCGCCAACUGAAGCCCUGGCUGGUGGGCCUGGCUGCGGUCGUGGGGUUCCUGUUCAUUGUCUUCAUCCUCAUGUUGGCCAACCGCCUCUGGUGCUCCAAAGCAAGAGCUGAGGAUGAAGAGAGGCCUACAUUGAGGAUGAAUCCCAACCCGUACGAGGAAGUGAAUCUGAGAAAAGAAGACAAGAAAGGGAAGGAAGAGAAGGAGGAAAAGGCCGAGGAGAAAAAAGCUGGGAAGGGGAAAAAGGCCAAGAAGAAAGGAAAGAGAAACUUCGGGCUGGAGCUAGAGGAAAAGGAGGAGGGCAGGGACUACGAGAAAGUCAAGAACACGGCCAUGUGAAGAUUCAGUCACCUCCUCCAAGAAACCCGCCAGAGAUGCCCCUUCCACACCCUAGAAGCAAUGAACUGAACCUGAAGCCACUGUGGUGACUCCAUCUGUGGUUGAGAGUACGGGGCCCUGAAUGAAGAGGCUUGGGACCCUACCCACCCCCCACCAAGGAGGGCUCUUCGUGUGUUAUACAGUCUAUAUUGUUAUGA